UAUUUUAAAUUUUUUUAACUUGGGAAUCUUUUGAAUUGCAGGCAUUAGAAGAGCCGACGAAGGCUGCUGGUGUGACUGAAGGCACUACUUUGGACGCCCAUUCAGAGAUGUGCUCCCCUGCCCAGCUUAGACAACAAACAGAAGAGCUGUGUGCUGUCAUUGAUCAAGUCCUGCAGGACCCAUUGACAAUGCGCCGAUGUGAAUCUUCUCCAAGUUUCCUGCAGAUGAACACAGAGUCAGAUGUUGGCAAGGUGUCGACAACAUUGCAGAGAGCAGCUGGACGUGAAACCAGAUAUGCCAACCUUUACAAAUCAACACCUGUGGUAGCAGAGAGUCAGAUGACAAAACCUGGUGUCAUUCGUCCUGUGCUAGUGAAAGGGAAGAGUGCACAGCAAAAGGAGGAGCUCUAUCAACCCAACCCUUUUAAAAAGUACCUAGAAGAGAUCAGUGAUGGAGAUAUUGAGCAGCAGCCCAGUCAUCCCAUAGUGCCUAUUCCAGAAAAUGAAACACUCAGCUCUAAGGAGAAGAUGCAACAAGUGUCAGAAGUACUUUGGACAAUUAAUUAUUGAAAACUUUGCAAAGGAAUGUCAAGAAAACAUCAGACAGUAUGCAGAGAGAUGGUUUGCCCAGUAUCAGCAUUCAGUGCCAGUUUUAUUGGCCUUUGAAGAAAGACACCAAUCUUCUUGAAGUCUAAACUCAGUGGUGGAUUCCUUAGUUUUUCACAUCUCUAAGCUCAAUGUAAAUUACAUAUGUAAUUUGAUUAACUACUGUAUUCUUUACUGCAGGCUUUGAACUGUAAUAGAACAUCCAUAAGUGCUACAAAAUACGUGACUUUCUUAUAAUGUGGAGGGAGUUUUGAGGGCAAGACUUUCACAAGUUGGAAGCAGAAUGGAGUCAGGCACAUGUUGACUGACUUCUCAGUUUGUUGACAGAGCCUGUUAAUAUGUCCUCACAGUUCAUCUAGGGUUCUAUUGUAAAAAGAUUAAGAAAUAGAAAAAGAAGAAAGGUAAGCAUCUCACUAGAUGGAUCAUCGACUUCUGUUCAGCUCCAGGAGAAUGUGAGUGAUGAAUGCAGCACAGCCUCUUAUUUUCAAGUGCAGUCCUGCCCUCUCUGGCCAGUCCCUGGUUCUCUCAAGGGCAGUUGUAUGGUUUAUACUGUAGAUCGUUCCCAAGUAAGGCCCAGGCUGUCUUCACAAAACAAAGU